UUAGCUCGGCUACGUUGGGAUUCUCAUUGUCGACGGAGGGGAUGAUCACAAAAUCCGACUUCCAGACUCACCUCUACGAUUAGCGCCAUAAUUUUGGUAUCGCCUAAAACCGUAGCGUUGUGCAUCUCUCUGCUGAUCUCUGUGCAUUAUUUUACGUAUUAGGUUAGGGUUAUUAAGGAGUGAAAAGGAAGAAGUGUGCUUCGAUAGAUCACAGAACGUAAAGAUAAACGGGUACCAUAGCAUACACUACUUUUUCUACAGUGAAGGAAAAAAUUAUAAAUAUACAAAAUGAGACUAACCGAAUAUCUGAUGGUCCGUAUCAGCAAGAUGACCAUACAGGAUAGCAAUUUGCCGGGAAGAUAUAUAAAACGUACAAUGGAGCAGGUAUAUGUACGUACACCCCGUGGAAAGCCGCAAUUUCUACCAAGAACCAUUGAAAAAAAGAACUUUCGCUUCACCACCAAUCGACCAUGGACAAUGCCAUUUUAUUUCCAAAACCUCCCCAAUCUGAACCGCAAACCUGUUCUUGUUGAACCAAUCAAGGACUGGAGCAUAUUCCGUGGUGAUCGGGUUGAAAUUCUUGUUGGCAGAGACAAAGGAAAACAAGGUAUCGUUACACAGAUAAUACGAGAGAGAAAUUGGGUCUUUGUAGAUGGUCUUAAUACACAUCUAAGGCGUAUGGGAAAGACAAAAGAUUUUCCAGGAGUAGUUGUUCAAAGUGAAGCUCCACUAUUGGUGACUACUCAAGUGUCAUUAAUAGAUCCUGCAGAUUUGCAAGCAACAAAAAUUGAGUGGCGAUACACAGAGGAAGGUGAAAAAGUUCGAGUGUCAUGUCGAACAGGAAGAAUAAUUCCAAUUCCUGUUUCAUCCACUGAAACUGUAAACUACAAGUCCCCAAAACUCUAUAAAGAAGGUGCAAAAGACACACCCAAAGAAGAUGUGCAGAAAAAAACCUUUAAGGCAACACUAUCCACAUUCGAAAUGGAUAUUAUGAAAAAAAUGGGCAUCACAGAUAACCGUAUACCUAAACCACUUUACUGGUAUUAAAGCACAUGUGUAGAUAGAUUUAUAGUGUAUAUAAAUACAAGGAAAUUUUACUUUAAGAAAGACUUUUACUUUUCUUA